AUGAACAAAGUAAAAACAUCAUCUGAAAAAAGUGUUUCUACCAGUUCUCGGACUAUGUCUCUGCUGUCACAGCUGGAGAAGAUCAAUUUGGACUCUGUAUUAGGAGAAGCAGACAAUGCCAGAUAUGUUACCUCAAAGAUUCUUCAUCUGGUUCAGAGUCAAGAAAAAACCAGGAAGGAGAUGACUUCCAAGGGCUCCACUGGAAUAGAAAUUAUCCUGUCAACUCUAGAGAAUACGAAAGAUCCUCAAACUAUUCUAAAUAUAUUGAAUAUUCUCAUUGAGAUAGUCUCCGUUGGUGGUGGUCGGAGAGCAAGCGUCUUAGUCAGUAAAGGAGGGACACAGAUCUUACUGCAGCUGCUUUUGACUGCCAGCAAAGACUCUCCACCAAAUGAAGAAUUAAUGGUGCUUCUUCAUACUCUGCUUGCAAAAAUUGGUCCAAAAGACAAAAAGAUUGGCGUGAAAGCAAGAAUUAAUGGUGCCCUAAACAUAUCCUUGAAUUUAGUGAAGCAGAAUUUGCAGAACAACAGGCUAAUAAUGCCGUGUCUUCAAGUAUUAAGAGUUUACUCAGCCAACUCUGUAAAUGCAGUGUCAUUGGGAAAGAAUGGAGUAGUAGAACUGAUGUUUAAGAUCAUCGGCCCUUUCAGUAAAAAGAACACUAGCCUUAUGAAGGUUGCUUUAGACACACUUGCUGCAUUGCUAAAAUCAAGAACAAAUGCCAGGAGAGCGGUAGACAGAGGAUAUGUGCAGGUGCUUUUAACGAUUUAUGUUGAUUGGCACCGUAAUGAUAGUCGACACAGGUACAUGCUGAUACGUAAAGGAGUUUUACAGUGCAUUAAAAGUGUUACAAACAUCAAAUUGGGAAGAAAAGCAUUCAUUGAUGCCAAUGGGAUGAAAAUUCUUUACAACACUUCACAAGAGUGCCUUGCGGUAAGAACUCUUGAUCCCCUUGUCAACACAUCCAGCCUAAUAAUGAGAAAAUGUUUUCCUAAAAAUCGUCUUCCUUUACCAACUAUUAAAAGUGCUUUUCACUUCCAACUCCCAGUUAUUCCUGCCAGUGGUCCUGUGGCUCAGCUGUACAAUUUGCCUCCUGAUGUGGAUGAUGUAGUAGAUGAAAGUGAUGAUAAUGAAGAUGCUGAAACGGAAUCAGAAAUUGAAACUGAAAAUGAUGAUGACAAGGACCAACAAUUUAAGAAUGAUGAUAUUGAGACUGAUAUUAAUAAACUGAAACCUAGACAGGAAUUGGGAAGACCCCUAGAAGAACUGAAAAUGUAUGAACAGUUUUUCCCAGAACUUUCAGAAAACUUUCAGGAAUGUGACUUAGUUUCCAAGGAACCAAAGCCUUUUGUAUCUGAUGCAAAUCUGAGUGGCCCUAUUGUUGUUCCUACAGCAGGAGAGGAGCACUCUGCUGAAGCAAACCAGUCAACGAAAGGAGUUGCUUUGAGGGAGAGCAAUCCUUUAUUGACAGAGGAAUACAAUAGAAGACCAGCCUUUCUGGAACUACCAAAGAAAGACAGUAUCAAAGACAGCAGUUUACAUCAGCAAAGUGAUCAAAGAAACCUGCUUCCAUCAUGCCAGUGUCUAAGCCAAGAAAUUGUGAAAGGCUUGGACAGAAUCAGUCUGCAGAACAGUGCAAAAAAUGAUCAGUAUUAUGGUACAGGGUGUGUAAUAAGGAAGGAAAGCAAAACCAGCCUUACCACAGUUGCUUGUAGUAAACCUUGCGAACAUGUUUCACCCUGUGGAAGCAGCCUCUUUGAAGGAUCAUCUGUCCAGCUGGGAAAACUCUGCUGCACAGGGGUGGAUUCAGAGGAGGAGGAUUCCAGAUCAAAUUCAUCAGGGGAACAAAUCAUACUUGAGGUUUCUGACAUAUCACCAGUUCAUGACUGUGAUCUUUAUAUUGAAAUGGUAAAAAACACAAAGUCUAUUCCUGAAUAUUCAGAAGUGGCCUAUCCAGAUUAUUUUGGCCAUAUUCCACCCCCAUUUAAGGAGCCUAUUCUGGAAAGGCAGUAUGGGGUGCAGAGGACAAAAAUCUCUCAAGAUAUUGAAAGACUGAUUCAUCAAAAUGACAUUAUAGACAGAGUUGUGUAUGACCUUGAUAAUUUGAGUUGUUCGGUACCAGAGGACGCGGAUGUUUUGAAGUUUAAUUCCAAAUUUGAAUCUGGAAACCUGCGCAAAGUUAUUCAGAUCAGAAAAAAUGAGUAUGAUCUAAUUCUGAACUCGGAUAUAAAUAGCAAUCAUUAUCAUCAGUGGUUUUACUUUGAAGUCAGUGGAAUGAAAACUGGCAUUGGUUACCGGUUUAACAUCAUCAACUGUGAAAAGUCAAACAGUCAGUUUAACUACGGUAUGCAGCCCCUUAUGUAUUCUGUUCAAGAAGCAUUAAAUUCUCAACCAUGUUGGACUCGUGUUGGCACAGAUAUUUGUUACUAUAAGAAUCACUUUUCAAGAAGUUCAAUUGCUGCUGGAGGUCAGAAAGGAAAAUCUUAUUACACAAUUACGUUCACGGUGACCUUCCAACAUAAAGAUGAUGUCUGCUACUUUGCUUACCAUUAUCCAUAUACGUACUCAACUUUAAAGAUGCAUCUUCAGAAGCUGGAAUCUAUGCACAACCCUCAACAGAUAUAUUUUCGACAAGCUGUUCUUUGUGAGACCCUGGCAGGCAACAGUUGUCCCUUAAUCACCAUUACGGCCAUGCCAGCGUCCCAUUACUAUGAACAUAUCUGUCAGUUCAGGAAUCGUCCUUACAUUUUCCUAUCUGCUCGUGUACAUCCUGGAGAGACUAAUGCAAGCUGGGUUAUGAAGGGGACACUGGAAUACCUUAUGAGCAAUAAUCCAAGUGCUCAAUGUUUACGAGAAUCUUACAUUUUCAAAAUUAUUCCCAUGCUGAACCCAGAUGGUGUCAUCAAUGGAAACCACCGUUGCUCUUUAAGUGGAGAAGAUUUAAACAGACAGUGGCAAAAUCCAAAUCCAGAUCUGCAUCCCACUAUUUACCAUGCUAAAGGGUUACUGCAAUAUCUGGCUGCUAUAAAACGCUUACCUUUGGUCUACUGCGAUUAUCAUGGUCACUCUCGUAAAAAGAAUGUAUUUAUGUAUGGCUGCAGCAUCAAAGAGACAAUGUGGCACACGAAUGUUAAUGCUGCCUCUUGUGACCUGAUGGAAGACCCUGGUUACAGGGCACUCCCCAAGAUCCUAAGUCAGACUGCUCCAGCAUUCUGCAUGGGCAGCUGCAGCUUUGUAGUGGAAAAGUCCAAGGAAUCAACAGCGCGCGUUGUUGUCUGGAGAGAGAUAGGAGUACAAAGGAGCUACACAAUGGAAAGCACGUUAUGUGGAUGUGACCAGGGCAAAUAUAAGGGAUUGCAGAUAGGGACAAGAGAACUGGAGGAGAUGGGAGCAAAGUUCUGUGUUGGCUUACUGCGUUUAAAAAGAAUGGCCUCACCUUUGGAAUGCAAUCUGCCUGCUAGUCUGUUGGAUAUUGAAAAUGAGCUGAUUGGGUCAAGCUGUAAAGUAACAAGCCCCACUACAUAUGUUUUGGAUGAAGAUGAGCCUCGCUUCCUCGAAGAAGUUGAUUACAGUGCAGAGAGUAAUGAUGAUCAAGACAUUGAAUUAGCUGAUAAUGAAGGUGAUUACGAGGCAACUAAUCAAGAAGAUGCACUUUCAGACUCAGAUUCAACAAGGGUACUCCUAUCUUGAACUGUCUUUGCAGCCAGUACUAGGAAAUUAAGUAUCCUGGAUUUUCAUAGUCAAAUACUUGCUCAAUUUGUCUACCAAGGGGAUAAGCUUAAGCAACCACAAAUAACAGGGCCUGCCUAGCUCAAGGACAGUAAAUAUUUCUGCUUUCUGAUAAAUUGGCAUUUGUUCUAUUUAAGGAGUUCUGUGUUUUCUUUUAGCACUGAAUAGAUAAGUUUAUUUACCAUUUCAUUUUCUACUAAAUAGCACCGCAUGGCAUUUUGUGUCCUUAAACCCUGUCUUCAGAAGAAUGAAUUAUAAUCUGUGGUGUUUCAGAGUACAGAAACUAAUUCUUUGUGGUACGGUUCUUUGAGCUGCUUCCUGAAUAAUAUGUAUGUACAGAUUUUCUAAAUUAAUUUGUGUACGUGUGUGUAUAUGCGCGUGCGUAUACUGAGGUGAAGAGGUUAUUUUUCAACAUUAUUUCAAAGAUACUUGAUUGUGUUUGGAGUAAUGUAGUGCCUGCUCUGGAACCAUUCAAUAAUUACUAAAUUAAAAGUGAAAAAGUGAUGUAUGAA